UUUUGUUAAUGUAUACCCUGUAUGAAGGUUGUUAUAUUUUGUAUAUACAUGAUAAAUAUUUACAGUGUUAUAUAUCAUGUAUGUAUUUCAUAUGAAGGAUAUAACAAAACUGAAGCUGUUUAUUUAGUUUAUCAGUUUGAUGCAGUUAGCUGCAUGUGAUUUAAAGUAUGGCAUCUUGUACAGUUGCAGUUUCAGAGGACAAAGUUGAUAAAUUAAAAUCUGCUAAAAAGUGUCUAGCCUGUGGUAGACUGAAUGCUGUUGCUAAAAAAAAAUGUGCUUGUGGAAGUGAAUUUGUUUCCAAGUGGAAAAGUAUUCUCAAGGAAAGUAUUGUUUUUAUAGCCCCAGUUGUAUUGACACCUGAGCGUCUGCGAUCUAAAGUUUUAAAUGAUGGUUACCAAUCGAGUUUAGGUGCUUACUCUGAUGUAGAAGUAUCUGAUAAUGAAGGUUUUCAAGUUUCAAAUAAAGACAAUAAACUUAAUUCUUCUAUCACUCACUUACAAAAUGAGAUCAGCAUUGAAGUUAGUAGUGAAAAGUUGUACGCAAAACCAAAACGAAUUAGGAAAAUAAAAUAUGGUUUGUCUUUUGACUUUUACGAUCAAAAUUUGAUAACUGCACAAAAAGCAAGUGUUGAUAGCUACAAUGAAAAGAUGCUUAAUGAUAAAAAGCUUGAAUCAUUUGCACUUGACACUAGUGUUGAAUCUUGUAAAGAAGGCCUUGUGUCACCAACCUCUUCUAUUUCUUCUUCAAAAUCUUCGAUUUAUGCAACUGUAGUUGAAGACUACAAGGAAGUUGAAGACAAUAAAAACUUCAGUUUUUCAGAAACUACAGAACAAGGUUUUAGUAAAAAAGAUUCUUUCACUGCUCCAUUAGGUGACACAAAUAUCACUUUGAAAAAUGAGUCAUCUGCUACAUCUCCACCUGUUGAUCUUAAUGAACAAAAUUUAGAAAAAAAUAGUCAUGAUAAAAAUAUAGAUGUCUCCUUUACUGGAGGUAAUGAAUUUAUUCAUUUUGGAAAACGUCCAAUUGGAAGACCACGCAAACAUUUAAAGCUAAAUGUGCCUAAGCGUGCUGUAGGUCGACCUCGUAAAGAUGGCAAAGUAUCAGAUAAAAUGAGCUAUUACCAGAGAAAAAAGGCAGAAAAACUAAGAAUAAAAACCUUACAACUUGAAAUAGCAAAUAUUUCUGAGCAUCAUACAGAGACAAUUACUGAUGAGUCAAACCCAAAAUUAGCUUUUAGAAGUAUGGAGUUUAAUCAACCAAAUGAGUUACACAAGAUAUGGGAGAAUAAAUUUGUUAAGAAGCGAGGUCGUCCUAAAGGCUCGCGGGAUACUCGUCCUCGUCAAAAAAAAAAAAUUGCUGUUGACUACAAUGAUAAUAGAGAAAUAUAUGAAAGUGCAUUGGAAAAAUUAUCAAACUGUGGUAGUUUAAAUAUGGCUUUGCCAAAAAAAGCAAGAUGCCUUCUGUCUCCACCAUCACUUAUGUCAUCGAUAAUAAGGAAACAAAAAAAUAAUGACAGUUUCGAUAUCAAAGAUAAUGAAAAGUCAGAGCGCAAACAAGAAAAAGAGAACUACAUUUCAGAAGAGAAAAAAGAAAUUUUCUCUCUUAUUCUUGACGAAAUUAAUCGAAAAAUUAUUUCACAAAAGUGUUUUUUAUAAAGUGUUAUUUUGUGUGUGUACAUUAUAUUCUUUUUGUUCAUGGAUGAAUGCAAA